UGCUUUCGUUUUUUUUUAACGAACAUGUAGGCUAAUGGCGUCCUGUUCAGUUACAAGAGGACAGCGGAGUCUAUCUCUUGACCGACCUAAUUUGAGUGAUUUGAGGAUUGUUCUGCUGGGGACGAAUGCAACAGAAAACAGCAGAGUGGGAAACUUCAUCUUAGGAAGAGCAGCGUUUGAGAGUGAAACUCCUGCUGAUGUAGAACUACACACAGAGAAACACAGAGGAAAACUGAAGGACAGAGACAUCAGAGUCAUCAACGCUCCUCAACUGCUGCAACCACAUCUGUCAGUCUCUCAGAUCACACAGGAAGUGAAAGAGUGUGUGAAUCUGUCUGCUCCUGGACCUCAUGCGAUCAUACUUGUCCUGCAGCAGAACGACUUCAGUGAGAAUGACAGUAACAGACUGAAACAUGUGCUGAAUGUAUUCAGUGAGGAGGCUCUUAAACACACUAUAGUGCUGACCAAUGAGGAAGAGAUACACAAUAACUGUAUUAAUCAAUUCAUGAAUGAAUGUGGAGGUGGACAUCUUCAGUUUAAUGAACAAAAAACAGAAUGGCACUCUGAGAUACUCGAAAGAGUAGAGAAGAUACUCAAAGAAGAAGAGGUUCAGUUUCUUGUCUGUGACUUGUAUGAGGAAGCAGGAGAAGAAGCAUCAGAGGAUGAAGAGCAGAGCAGAUCUGGAGUUUCAGUCACAGCAGAAGAAGAGGGAGAUCGUGAUCAUGAGGAUAUUCAAAUCAUACAGAGCGACAAAGAGAAAAAGGUGGAUGCUGUCCAAAGAAAUACCUUGUAUGCAAUAGAGGAUUCAGAUGAUGUGAGGAUUGUCCUGCUGGGAAAAACUGGAGUUGGGAAAAGUGCAACAGGAAACACCAUCUUAGGGAGAGAAGUGUUUAUUGAAGACGUGUCUCAAGAGUCAGUUACUAAAGAGUGUAAGAGAGAGACGGCUGAGAUUGAUGGUAGACUCAUUACUGUGAUUGACACUCCAGGACUGUUUGAUACUAAACUCAGUCAAGAAGAGAUCCAGACAGAAAUCACCAACUGCAUCUCCAUGAUUCUGCCUGGACCACAUGUGUUUCUGUUACUGAUACCAGUGGGACGAUUCACUCAGGAGGAGGAAAAUGCUGUCAAGAUCAUUCAGCAGACUUUUGGUGAAAACUCCCUAAUGUACACUAUUGUGCUCUUCACUGGAGGAGAUAAUCUGAAGAAGAAGAAGAAGACUAUUGAAGAGUAUCUGGAUACACCUGAAUCUGCUUUGAUGAAGCUCAUCAGACAGUGUGGAAACAGAUAUCAUGUGUUCAAUAAUAAUGAGACUGGAGACCGUGUGCAGGUGUCUACAUUACUGCAGAAGAUCAAUGACAUGGUGACAGCAAAUGGAGGGGGUUACUACUCAUGUAAGAGGUUCAGACAGAUGGAAAGAGAGAAACAAGAAGCACGGAUGAAGAUACUAAUGGACGAAGUGGAGGAACUAAAGAGAGAGAGAGAAGAACUGCUGGCCAAACAUGAAGAAGAGAAAGAGAAAAUAAACAUGAAGAUUGAGGAAGAAAGAAAUAACCAUGAUGCAGAGAAGAAGAGAAGAGAAGAAGAAUUUGAGAAAAAGAUGGAGAAAGAACAAAACAUGUGGGAUGAAUCUUAUCAGAGACUUAAAGUAGAGAGAGAUGAAAUCAAAAGAGAGAAUGAGAGAUUUAAAAGAGAGAAAGAAAAUCUUCAGGUCAAACAUGAAGUAAAAAUAGAAAGCAUGAAAACAAAGAUGGAGGAAGAAAGACAGAAUCAUGACACAGAGAGGAGGAAGAGAGAAGAGGAAAUCAGAGAAAAUGAAGAAAAAUACAAAAGAGAAAUUAAAAUAGAACAAGAGAAAUGGGAGAAAAAGAUACAAGAGGAAAAACAGAGAGGAGAAGAAGAAUUUGAGAAAAGGAGGGAGAAAGAAAAAAACAUGUGGGAUGAAUCUUACCAGAGACUUAAAGAAGAGAGAGAUGAAAACAAAAGAGAGAACGAUAGAAUGAAAAGAGCGAAAGAAGAUCUUCAUGUCAAACAUGAAGAAGGAAUAGAAAAGAUGAAGAAGUUGAUGGAGGAAGAAAGACAGAAUCAUGACACAGAGAGGAGGAGAAGAGAAGAAGAAUUCAGAAAGAGUGAAGAAAAAUACAAAACACAACUAGAGAAAUUGGAGACAAAGUUACAAGAUGAAAAACAGAGAAGGGAAGAGGAAGAUGAGAAGAGGAAGGAGAAAGAACAUACUAUAAAAGAUCAAUGUGAUGAGAAAAUUAAGAGAGAGAGAGAGGAAAUCAAAAGAGAAAAGGAGAGGAUACAAAGAGAGAAAGAAGAUCUUCAGGCCAAACAUGAAAUAGAAAUAGAAAACAUGAAAACAAAGAUGGAGGAAGAAAGACAGAAUCAUGACACAGACAGGAGGAAGAGAGAAGAAGAAAUCAGAGAGAAUGAAGAAAAAUACAAAAGAGAAAUUAAAAUAGAACAAGAGAAAUGGGAGAAAAAGAUGCAAGAGGAAAAACAGAGAGGAGAAGAAGAAUUUGAGAAAAGGAGGGAGAAAGAAAAAAACAUGUGGGAUGAAUCUUAUCAGAGACUUAAAGAAGAGAAAGAUGAAAUCAAAAGAGAGAAUGAGAGAAUAAAAAGAGAGAAAGAAGAUCUUCAUGUCAAACAUGAAAUAGGAAUAGAAAAGAGAAAGAAGUUAAUGGAGGAAGAAAGACAGAAUCAUGACACAGAGAGGAGGAGAAGAGAAGAAGAAUUCAGAGAAAAUGAAGAAAAAUACAAAAGAGAAAUUAAAAUAGAACAAGAGAAAUGGGAGAAAAAGAUACAAGAGGAAAAACAGAGAGGAGAAGAAGAAUUUGAGAAAAGGAGGGAGAAAGAACAAAACAUGUGGGGUGAAUCUUACCAGAGACUUAAAGAAGAGAAAGAUGAUAUCAAAAAAGAGAAAGAAGAUCUUCAGGUCAAACAUGAAGAAGGAAUAGAAAAGAUGAAGAAGUUGAUGGAGGAAGAAAGACAGAAUCAUGACACAGAGAGGAGGAGAAGAGAAGAAGAAUUCAGAAAGAGUGAAGAAAAAUACAAAACACAACUAGAGAAAUUGGAGACAAAGUUACAAGAUGAAAAACAGAGAAGGGAAGAGGAAGAUGAGAAGAGGAAGGAGAAAGAACAUACUAUAAAAGAUCAAUGUGAUGAGAAAAUUAAGAGAGAGAGAGAGGAAAUCAAAAGAGAAAAGGAGAGGAUACAAAGAGAGAAAGAAGAUCUUCAGGCCAAACAUAAAAUAGAAAUAGAAAACAUGAAAACAAAGAUGGAGGAAGAAAGACAAAAUCAUGACACAGAGAGAAGGAGAAGAGAAGAAGAAUUCAGAGAAAAUGAAGAAAAAUACAAAAGAGAAAUUAAAAUAGAACAAGAGAAAUGUGAGAAAAAGAUGCAAGAGGAAAAACAGAGAGGAGAAGAAGAAUUUGAGAAAAGGAGGGAGAAAGAAAAAAACACGUGGGGUGAAUCUUACCAGAGACUUAAAGAAGAGAGAGAUGAAAACAAAAAAGAUAAAGAUAGAUUUAAUAGAGAGAAAGAAAAUCUUAAGAUCAAACAUGAUGUAGAAAUAGAAAAGAGGAAGAAGAUGAUGGAGGAAGAAAGACAGAAUCAUGACACAGAGAAGAGGAGAAGAGAAGAAGAAUUUAAUCAAAAAGAAGAACGAUACAGAAAAGAUAUCAAAGAAAAAGAGGAACAAAUGCAGAAACAUCAGGACGAAAUGUUAAAACAGAUGCAAGAUGAGUGGAGGAAGCGGGAGGAAGAACAACGUAAGACUUAUGAAGACAAAAUUAAGUUAAUAGAACAACAGAAGCAAGAUGAACUACAGAGAGCAAAAUCUGCAAACUAUGAAGAAGACAGAAGAAAAGACAUGGAGAACAUGAAACUCUGCUCUCAAACAGCCUCUUCUCUACAGAAAGAGGAAACUGGUCAAAGCCCAAAGGUCGGACCAAAACCCAAUGAACAGCUAGAAGAACUCUAUGAUCGACUAGAUCUGACAAAAAGACAUCAAGAUAAAAUGAAAAUCGCAGACAUUCUUCAAAUCACCAAGUCUUCGUUUCAGUCUCAGGAGCCACAGCAAGAGAAUGAACUGAUAAACUCCUUCCUACAAAAGCUGAUUAACAUGGACUACAGAGCAAGAUACACAGUCAUAAAACACAGAAAGAAAGAAGGUAAAAAAAAUAAAGCAAGCUACAACCCUGAUAUUCACCCAAUGGAUGUUCAGAUGGCCGUGUUUCAUUGUGCCGAUGGUUUCCUGAAGCAGCUGAUGGUGACUAAACUCUCUCAGUGUCAGUAUUCACUGCCUCUGCUUGUUCCUGAUCCAUUCACACAGCAGAUUGAGUUUCCUCUCUGGACAUUCAGUCAAAUCAACAAGAGCUGGAAGAAGAAAAACUCCAAUAAUGAAAUCAUCAGUCAAACUCACCCGGUCUACAAGGCUGAGACUCCAAUGGUGGCUUUCUUCAGGUUUGGCUCUGUAUCUUCAUCAAAGUCUGAGCUGAUAAACGGCCUCAUCAAUGAGAAACACAACACAUUCUUCCACAGGAACUGCUCAGGCAGCAGCAGAACCAGAUUACUGAUGGACGGAGUGGUGGAGAUCGCCUGGUACUGCCCUUCUGGGAAAAAGACUGACGCAUUUGAUGACUGUGUUGCUUUCUGUAAUCUUCAUGGUGAUGCAGCAGCAAAUGAGAAACAAUAUGAGAUUCUGACCAGCAUGGCGUCAGUAAACGUGCUCUUCUUACCUGAUUUUGGACAGAAGAACCAUUACAAGGGUUUGGUGACAUCACUCUUCAAAUCUCCUCAACCUCUCAUUUGUCUGCUCACUGACAGUGACUGUGAUGAAACUGAACUGGGGAAUGUAAAAUUCAUAAUUGGGCUUUUGGACAAAAACCUAUCUGAUGUAUCUAAUCAGAUAAGGGAGAUGAUCAGAGUGAGUUUGACUGAGCAGAAAAUGACCUUCAAACUUGAAGAUGUGGCCAAACACAGAGGGAUCAGAGUAGAUGAGGAGGAUCCAGAGUGCCGGAGUGGGAAAGAGGCAGCGGUUCAGAUCAUGGGAUUACUGAGAGGAAAGGAUCCAUCAACAGUGAAAGAAACAAACCUGCCCUGUCAGGGGAAACUGUGGCAUGACUGGUGUAAAAUCAACAAAGAGCUGUAUCAUCUAGAAGGAGAAAAUCUAGAGGAAGAUAAAAGUACCAAACUCAAGAACAUGAGAGAAAUAAGAGAAGAGCAAGUGGCCCAAGGAGAGAGUGAGUUCAUGAAAACAUUUAUUGAAACAAUGAAAUCACACAGAGACAAUGAAAAAAACUAUGUCCUCAGAUGGAUGAUGAACCUGUUGAAUGACUUCACUUCAGAGAAGCUCUUAGGACUUCAUAAAGAGUAUGAUGUGAAAUGGCAUGAAGUCUCAGCACUGAAAAAAAGGCCUGAUAAACUAGAUCAAGUGCAGCAUGAACAAACAAACCUGGAAAACAUAUCAGAUCAAAUCAGUAGAACAAGUUUUGGCUUGGAGCACAUCCUGAGAGAGUUUGGUCAGAUCUAUGAAUCGUGGUCAUCUGUGAUGAAGAACAAGAAAGACAAUCUGCAGUUUGACUUCUGUUCUCUCCCGAGUCUUGCAGCUGAGAUGAUGAUCUCUGGAUUUCCAAUGGAGAUGAUGGAUGGAGAUGCUGCUCAUAUUCCUGUGACCUGGGUCACUGCUGUUAUAGAGGAACUUGUUAAGAAACUGGGAAAGAAGACCAGAAUCUUUGUUCUGUCAAUUCUGGGGGUUCAAAGCUCUGGGAAAUCCACCAUGCUGAACGCCAUGUUUGGACUGCAGUUUGCCGUCAGUGCUGGAAGAUGCACUAAAGGAGCUUUCAUGCAGCUGAUCAAAAUAUCAGAGGAGAUGAAAACUGAGCUGAAGUUUGACUAUAUUCUGGUUGUUGAUACUGAAGGACUUCGUGCACCAGAACUGGCUGGAAGGUCAACAACACAUCGUGACAAUGAAAUGGCCACAUUUGUUGUUGGUCUUGGAAAUAUGACCCUGAUCAACAUCUUUGGAGAAAACCCAUCUGAGAUGCAGGACACUCUUCAGAUUGUUGUUCAGGCCUUCAUGAGGAUGAAGAACGUCAGACUGAGUCCCAGCUGUAUAUUUGUGCACCAGAAUGUCUCUGAUAUCACAGCUGGAGAGAAAAACAUGGAGGGAAGGAGACGACUGCAGGAGAAACUGGAUGACAUGACAAAACUCGCUGCUAAAGAGGAAGUCUGUGAUGCUGAAGGAUUCAGUGAUGUGAUUGCGUUCGAUGUACAGAAUGAUGUGAAGUAUUUUGCUCAGCUCUGGGAGGGCAGCCCACCCAUGGCACCACCAAACCCAGACUACUGCGAGAACAUUCAAGAUCUGAAGCAAACUAUUCUUACACACGCUUCAAAAUCAGACGGCCUAAUGCUGACGCACCUCAGAGACCGUAUAAAAGAUCUCUGGGAAGCUUUACUUAAUGAACAAUUUGUGUUCAGCUUCAAAAAUUCUCUGGAAAUCGCAACAUACAAGAAACUAGAGACUGAAUACAGCAAGUGGACCUGGAGCCUUCGGAGUGCCAUGCUGGACAUCGAAAACAAGCUUCACAACAAAAUAGAAAAUGAAGUAAUUCAUGAUGUUGAGGAAUCUGAUCUUCAAAAAGAACUAAAUGCCAGAAGUGAAGAAGUGAAAAAGACAAUGUCUGAAUUCUUUAAAAAAGACGGGCACGCAGCUGUACUGAAUCAGUGGAAAGGUUUCUUUGAGAUAAAAAUCAAACAUCUUCAAGAAAACAUUGUGAGAGAAACUAUGAGGAAAUUAAAUGGGGUUCUUCAACAGCGUCACCUGAAGAAAAAGAUUGAUGCCGAGAGGACACAUCAUGAAAACACACUCUUUGAAAAGAGCAAAGAACUUGCUUUAAAAUUCAAAGAACGAGCAAAUGAUGACAAUUUCAUGAAAACACAAUUUGAUUCCUUUUGGAAACAACAGACAGCUGAGAUCAUCAGAGACACUCCUUUAGUCAAAGAUAUUGACAUAUUAAAGGAUGUGAAAAAGCUGUUCAGUGAGACCCAUGCAAGUCUUCCUUUGGACCGCAUGAAACAGAGCAGUAAGCAGAAAGAUAUGAUCUCUUUGCCAAGCUAUUCAAAAUAUGUACAUUUGAAGAAAUCCAGUGGAUAUACUGCACCUUUAAAAAAUGUGUACAACCGAGGUAAAGAGAUGAUUGGUCUUGCUUUAUCUAAAGAGGAUGAAGCCCAGAUAAGAUCUUUAAUCAGAGACAUUGCUGAACACACAGAUACAAUGAUUCAGUCGUAUAACAUCUCAAAGAUGGGCUACAACAACUGCUGCAUUCAACAACUCGUAGAUUACAUAAAGGCAAGAAUAAUGCAGCAUGAGGAAGGGCCAAAAGUUAAAUAUGUGUUCAAGAGUGAAUUCUUUGUGGAUCUGGUACUUUUCAUAUGUCACAGAGCAAACAAGACAUUCACUGAUCAAUACAAAAUGUUCAGGGAAGCCAAUGAUCCUGUUCUUUAUUUUGAGAGGAAAAGUCGGGAGUACAUCAGAAUUUUCCAGAAAUACUGUCAAGGAGCAACAUCAGCUGCUGUUUUUGGUGAAUUUGUUUGUAAUAAACUUAAAGAGUCUAUUCAGCAGUCGGUCUACAAAAAAACUGCCAGAGAUUUAGCAGAUGAAAUGAUGACAAACUGCGAAUCACUAAAUGGGAACCGAUCAAACCUGGAGAAACACAUCUUGAGGAGACUGGCAGAAGAGGAGGAUUUUGAUGCAUACAUCACAUACAUUAACAAUCCCAGAGAACACUUCAAGAAUUUCAUCAGAGAUGAGGUCAGUCAGUACAUCACUGAAAGAUUCGAAGAUAGUGUUCGACCCAAGAUGGAAAACAGCAUUAAACAGCUGCAGCAGAAGAUCACAAAUGCAGCACAUCAAUCCACUAAAGAUGUUAAAGAGACUGAUGGAGAAGCUGAUCUGUGGUUGCUUCAUUUCACACAACAGCUCUCUGAUGAACUGGUAUUCUCUGUAAAUGACCUCACUGGAGUGAAUCAUGAUGAUGUUGAAGUCAGUUUCCUAGAUGAUGUGAUAAGAGAAGAACUUCCUUCUAUAAUGUCUGACAUAUACAGUAAAUUCAGUACAGAAACGUUCCCAGUAAAGCUGGAACACACAGACAGACCAGAUGAGCUUCUGAUCGAUCACCUCUGUGACUGCUGUUGGGUUCAGUGUCCUUUCUGUGCAGCGAUCUGCACAAACACAAUAGAAGGACAUUCUGGAGAUCACAGUGUUCCUUUCCAUCGUAAUCUUGGACUGAAUGGGUGGCGUUACAGAGGAACAACAAACCUAUCUAUCAGCAUCUGCACAUCAGCAGUUGCCAGUGAUCGAUCUUUCUAUCCAAAUAGCUCAGAUGAUAAAGUCCUCUGGAAGAAAUACAGAAAAGCAGGUCCUGAAUAUGCAUCAUGGAGUAUCACUCCUGAUCUCUCUGAGCUGCCGUACUGGAAGUGGUUUGUGUGUGAAUUCCAGAAAGAUCUGGAAAAGCACUAUGGAAAAACCUAUCAGGGAAGUGGCAAGAUUCCAGAUGAAUGGAGAAAAUACAAUCAAGAAGAAGCUAUUGAGAGUCUGGAUACAUACAUUUAAUGAAACAAUGAACAAGGACUCUGAUACACAAUACACAUCUGAAAUGAGAUUACGUCCCACACUUCAGUGAAUGUUGCAUAUACUAAAGUAAACAUAGUAAAACUGCUCAAAGAAGGAGUUCACAGAAAAUAUUCAAUAUUUUAAAGAAAGAUAUAAUCAAAGUGUUCUGUUCAACACAGAAGAAACCGAUCUUUACUUAAAGACAGAUGUUUGAAGAAUAUACCAAAUAGGCCUAUGUGCAUUUUUUGUAUUCAUUUACUUUUAAACUAGUUUGUCUCUUGUGCAUGUAUUGCAAGAUCUUGUUCUCCUCUACAAUUGCCAUUAGCUAAAUGCGUAGCUCUAACUCGUAGCUAAAUGCAUUUCACUAUAUCAAAGUAACCAAAAGCAUGCAGAGUUGAAAAUUAUACAUUAUUGUCAGAGUACUAAUGUAUUCUUGGUAUUGAUUAUAUACUCAUAUCUGAACAAUAAAUCUCUGAAAAAGCUUAAACAUGGACACUGUCUUCUGUGUCU